CUUAGAAAAUAAGAGAAACAAACAGCCGGAGAGUUUGUUGCUUCUUGCUCGAAGCCCCCAAACCGGAAACGGCCCUUUUCUCUUUUAAUUUCUUUUCAAUGGAAGUCCAACAAAUCCAAUCCAACCCACAUAAUCGCCCUUUUCGUUCUCCUUUUCUCAAUUAAAUGGACUCUCCCAACCCGCCUUUAAUGCGGGUCCUGACCCGACCUCCUCCUUCAUCUGUACCCGCUUCCUCUUCGGAUCCUACCCCUCCGUUACCACCCUCCUCGCCUUCACUCCCCCGCUCUCUCGACGGCGUCGUGGUGGUGGGCUUCAUAUCUCGGAGACCCGACGACUCUUCCCAGCUCAUUAACCGGGUUGUAGACUCCAACGUGUUCGGGUCGGGUAAAAUGAACCGGGUUUUGUCUCUUGAUAAAGAUGAACUCAAGGAUUGGUUUAAGUAUAGGAGAAUUAGUUACUACCAUGAAGAAGAUAAAGGGAUUUUGUUCUUGCAGUUUUGCUCAAACGGAUGUCCAGUUUUUAAUGGGUCAUUGGCUUCCGGAUCGGAUUUUGAUGGGGUUUUGGAGGAACGGGAGUUCGGGGAUCUUCAAGGCUUGCUUUUUAUGUUCUCUGUCUGCCAUAUAAUCAUAUAUAUUCAGGAGGGUUCACGCUUUGAUACUCAAAAUUUGAAAAAAUUUCGGGUCUUGCAAGCUGCUAAGCAUGCAUUAACCCCAUAUGUAAAAUCUCGAACGACACCACCAUUGCCAUCAAGGCCUCAUUCUUCCUCAACUUCUCGCCCUUCAACAAUGGCAACCACUGCCAGCACUUCUCCAGGUAGAAGUGGUGGCAUGUUGGGUCGCAAUGCUUCAGCUAUCUCUCUCAUGUCAGGUUUAGGUUCCUAUACUUCUUUGUUUCCUGGGCAGUGUACCCCAGUGACACUAUUUGUUUUUAUUGAUGAUUUCUCUGAUGUGUUAAAUUCUACUCCUAAUAUUGAGGAGUCAGUAGAAACAUCCUCAAUUAAUCAUGCUUCUAAUUCAAGCAGUUUAGCUAGGCCAACCUUGCCCAUGAAAGGUUCUGCUUCAGUGGUAGUGUUAGCACGUCCUGUAAGUAAAUCCGAAGGUGUUUUCCGGAAGAAACUGCAGUCAUCUCUAGAGGCACAGAUCCGUUUUUUAAUUAAGAAAUGUCGAACACUCUCAGGUUCAGAAGGCAGCCACAGUGGGUCAAGAAGUGCAGGUGUUUCAAAUUCAGCCCCUCUGUUUUCGCUUGAUGCAUCCAGGGCUGUUGUGCUGCUAGACAAGUCAACAAAUCAGAGAGGGGAAUCUCUGGAGUUUGCCACUGGUCUUGUGGAAGAUGUUUUGAAUGGAAAAGCAACUUCAGAUUCUUUUUUGCUUGAGACCCAUAGUCAGAGUGCAAACAAAGAGGAUCUUUCAUCUUUGAAGGAUUUUAUCUACAGGCAGUCAGAUAUUUUGAGGGGAAGAGGGGGAUUGGUUGCUAACACCAACAGUGGCCCUACUGCUGGUGUUGGUAUGGUGGCUGUUGCUGCUGCUGCUGCUGCUGCCUCAGCUGCCUCUGGGAAGGCAUUGACUAUGCCUGAACUUCCAAGUUUAGAUAUAUGGUUGUCUUCCAGUCAGCUUAUUCUACAUGGACUACUCUCUGCAAAGCGUGGGUGUAUAAAUGAAACUGAAAUCGGUAAAAGAAAACCUCGUCGAAAUGCCAUUUCUGGACUGACUGAAGGGUUUGCUUCUAGAAGUAGUGAAUCUUUAGAUAUUGCGGUAUCUUGGUUGGAAAGUGGUAAAGGGCUUAACACAAAGUUUUCUACUUUGUGGUGCGAGAGGGUCCUUCCAGCUGCAAAAGAUAUUUAUUUGAAAGAUUUGCCUGCUUGUUAUCCCACAUCGCAGCAUGAAGCUCACUUGGAAAAGGCUUUGCAUGCUUUUCACUCAAUGGUCAGAGGACCUGCAGUGGAGCUGUUUGCAAAGAAGCUGGAGGAAGAAUGCACAUCAAUGUGGAAAUCCGGAAGGCAACUUUGUGAUGCUGUUAGUUUGACAGGAAAGCCAUGUAUGCAUCAAAGACAUGAUGUUGAGACUGGUGAGUUGCCUUUAGGAACUUUGAUGAAACCUCAUUCAAGUGGAUAUGUGUUUCUUCAUGCUUGUGCUUGUGGUCGGACACGGCGAUUACGAUCUGACCCUUUUGAUUUUGAAUCAGCAAACAUUACUUCCAAUUGCUUUCCUGACUGUGAUAAGCUUCUUUCAACACUCCAGCUACCAGAAGUAAGCAGCAAAGGACCAAUUCAGCCAUCUUCCUGGAGUUUGAUUCGUAUUGGCAGUGCAAGGUACUAUGAACCUUCUAAAGGCUUGCUUCAAAGUGGGUUCAGUACCACUGAGAAGUUUCUUUUAAAGUGGAAAAUAUUUUUAGGGAAACGGGAAGCCCAAAAUGUUGUAUCAGCAAGAACUGUGCAGCUAGGUUCUAUGGGUAGUUCAAGUACAGAUCCCAAGGCUGAGCUUAGUGCUGACGUUGAGUUCAAGAAGGCUAGUGCCACAGAGUUCUGCUCUGGAGCAAUAGAGAGUGCUGUUGAAAAUACAAGAAAACCCUUGGAAAUGAGCAAGUUCAAUGGUAACAAGAUCAGUUUUGGCAGAGGCCUUCCCAAUUUCACAAUGAAAAAACCUUUUUCGGAGGUUGUAGCUGGAUCAGCAGCCACAGAUUCAGGAUUCCCUCCUCUUCAGCAGAGGAAACAACCUUCAUCAGGGUCAGAAAAAGGAAUGAAGAAAAAUAAGGCAAGUGAUCAGAGUUUGGAAGGUGUGCAUGCAACUGUUGAUCCAGGAUCUCAAAAACCCAUACAGAUUUCAUCUGUUCAGCAAAGCUUAAAUCAAGUAAGUUCUGAUUGCAGCACAGAUAGUGAUCCCUUUUUACGGAUAGGCAGUAAUGUUGUUCCUGUGAAUGUGAGCAAUGAUGAAAAAUCAAAAUUGAACCCUGACAUUAAGCAUGUGAUGGCAUAUGUUGGUUUUGAGCAUGAGUGCCCCUGUGGCCACCGUUUCUUACUGAAUCCAGAGCAUCUCAAUCAACUUGGGUCCCCAUAUUCAUUAUUUGAUGAAUCUCAAAUCACUUGCUCUGUGGAAACUUCAGACUACACAUGGGCUGAUUCUUCAAAGGUGGGUAAGAAUGGUGGUCAGGGUAAAGUUCAUCAGAAUUCAAAUGGCACUAUUAAUGUUGCUGCUCCUGUAAAUAAGAUGAAAAGCAAGGACAAGGGUAAACAGGUGGUGGCAAAUGGUGAUGUCUUUAAAGAUGGUUCGGCACAACUUUCUAUGCCUGAGAAUCAGACAUUUGUGAGUGUGGCAGGUGUGCCUGUCACUGUAAAAGACCUUGAAACAGGGCUUCAUUCUGUUAGCCUUGACGAUGGUGGAUCUGCUUUCUCCAUGUUGAAUAGAGAUUUACCAAUAUACAUGAACUGUCCACACUGCAGGUCUGCCAGAAACAAAAAAGAUCAGCCUAAGGUUAAGUUUGCUAGCUCAAUAUCGCAGCUUCAGAGAAUUUUUCUGGUCACACCUCCCUUUCCUGUUGUUCUGGCAACUUGUCCAGUCAUACAAUUUGAGGCAUCAUGCUUACCCUCAUCAGUUCCAGACCGUGAACAAAAGUUGCAGUUCAGCCUUGGAUGUAAAGUGAUCUUACCACCAGGGAGUUUCCUUGUACUGAGAUUGCCAUUUGUAUAUGGUGUACAACUGGAGGAUAAAAGUGUGCAUUCUCUUAACCCCUUCGAAGAUAAACCUGAAGUAACCGGUUGGAUUAGUAGGGACACAACAUUGCAGCUUAUGUCCAAAGGAAGUGGUCUCAAUGAGGGAAUUUACAAAUAGAUGAAGUUACUGAGCCUAAAAUUGGCUCAAAUGGAUAUUUGCACCAAUAAUGAGUCUGCAGAGGCAGAGUUGUGUGACCAGCUCCAUCUGGACUCAGAACAAGGAUACUCAUGUAUUACCAUCAUGGUGCAUUUGGUAACUGGUGAAGUUGAUAAGAAGGCAGAGGUGAAUUGAAAUGAUUAGAAAUUUUCAGGUGGCUGGUGCUCUCUAGUGGACUCCUGAUGAUGUUGUUAUUGCAGCUUGUGGUUGGAUUGGUCUUGGCUUCAAGCAUGCUGUGUUGAUUUUUAUAGAACUUGAGAGAAGAUGGUGGAGCAACUUCAAAAUCUCGUGCAUGCACUUGCGUUUGCUGCUUGGGGAACUCGCUUUGUCAUGGUGAAAUAGUUUCAUGCUUGUGGACUUGUUACUUGCCCGACAGAAAAUGGAAGUUUGCAUUAACCCCUGUUCACUUAUUCCACAUGAAAAAAAGUGUACAUAGGGGGAUUAAAGAACAGCAAGUGUAAAUAGGCAGAGACAGGUUUAUAAUGGGAGCAGGACUGUACCACAACUGAAAUACUGAAAAGGUGAAAGAAACCUCCUUGGUAUUAUUAUAUCUAACUGCAACUACCCCAAGAAGAAUUUUAAUUAAAUAUCUAUUGGAAAUUGUUCGGAUUUUUUAUCCUUUGUUUA